AUGGGUGAUUGGUGUCUUCUGCUCUUUGUCUUGGCGGGAACGUGUGUAUCAAACAUCCAUAGUUCAUCAGAAAAACAACUCCUAAAUGACCUGUUUCUUACUUAUGACAACAGAGCUCUACCUGUUCUCAACAGAAGUCAUGCUGUUCACGUUAAACUGGCAUUUUAUCUCGACACCAUUCGAGAUCUUGACGAGAAAAACCAAGUGUUGACACUGAAAGGAUACUUUAUGCUUGCCUGGACUGACCAGUUCCUCGUAUGGAACGCGACACAGUAUGAUAACAUUGCAUUAACCACGGUACGGUUAAAAGAUAUCUGGCUUCCUGAUAUCGGAAUUUACAACAGCAUAAACUCCUUCGAAACUAUAUUAGACAGUGAAUCUAACAUUGGAGUUCCUUCUAACGGUAACUUAGCUUUAGCGCCAGGUAAGGACUUUUCUAUACUCUGUGAGGUUUCUGUUUGGAAUUACCCAUUUGAUACUCAGGCGUGUGUGAUGAGGGUGGGCCCUAAGUUCACGCAUAAUUCAAUGCAAACAAUCACACAAUUGUCUGAUAAAAUGGAUUUCUCAUUCAUGCGUGAAAACUCGGAAUGGAAAAUAAUUUCUUCCGGAAUCAAAUGUUACGUGUUAAGAACCUCUCCAAUGUGUGUGCUUAAUGUGACGAUUCAGAGAAGAUCUGAACACUUUAUACUACAUUUGGUGACACCGGUCAUACUGCUGUCAAUCAUGAACCCUAUGACUUUCCUUAUUCCCCCUUUGUCCGGCGAGCGUCUGUCAUUUGGAAUGGCGUUGUUCCUCAGUUUUUCAUUCUUUAUUAGCUCAAUUUUGGAUGAUCUACCGGUGGCUCUCAACGAAACCUGCUAUUUUACAUUAUUCGUACAAUGCAUAUUUUGUCUUGGUGGUGUGCAGUGUUGUAUAAGUUGUGUGAUUACGCGGCUAAGUUUUAGGUCUUGUGAUCACCAAGUCCCUCAUUGGAUACUUCGAGUACUUUGUAUAUCAUGGGACGUGUCAAAACGGACUCAGGACAGAAAAAAUGACGAUGUAAAGCCGUGUGUGACAAAUGACGUCAGAAAUGACGUCAUAGUUGAAGGUCGCAUCAAAGCCUUUACCUGGACAGAGGUGAUGCUGAAGCUAGACCUCGUGAUGUUUAUAGUGUUUAAUGUCCUCACAUUUGUUACCAUCACAACGGUACUCAUUAUGAUUGUACCAUAG